UCCCCUCCCUCCUCGGCCCGGCCCCGCACGGCCCCGCACGGCACGGGGGUUGCCAUGACAAGCAUUUUCUCCCGUUAGCUCCGGGACCGUUCCCCCUCCAUCCCAUGGCCAGCCGGGGGGGCUCCGCCGCCAGCCGGGCGCCGCGGGAGCUGAGCCGCUCCAGUUGCUGUGGUAUCCAGGGAGCCCUCCUCCUUCUGCAGGAGAUGCACGCUGGUCGUUGCUAAGGUCGCCUCCGCGGUAACAUGCACAUCCUGUUUACACCUCUAUCCGGAGAAGUUGGGCUCGGUUAGAGGCACCUGCUCCCCCAGGGAAGGGACCGCACGGAGCGUCCCCCCCCCGCCGGACCCUCGAGGGAGCCGCGAGCCGGCGUCGGCAUCACCGGCACCAUGACGAACAACGUGGCCGACCACCACCCCGGCAACUCGGUCGCCGAAGGCAACCAUGAGGGGGACUUCGGGUGCUCCAUGGUGGAGCUCAGGAACCUCAUGGAGCUGCGGAGCGCCGAGGCGGUGGCCCGGCUCAACGACUCCUACGGCGGCGUGCAGAACGUCUGCAAGAGGCUCAAGACGUCGCCCGUCGAAGGCCUGUCCGGGAACCCGACCGACCUGGAGAAGAGGCGGCAGGUCUUCGGCCAGAACUUCAUUCCUCCCAAAAAGGCCAAGACGUUCCUGCAGUUAGUGUGGGAGGCACUCCAGGACGUCACGCUGAUCAUCUUGGAAAUCGCAGCCAUAAUCUCCUUGGGCCUGUCCUUCUACCACCCCCCGGGUGGGGACAAUGAACUGUGUGGGCAGUCGACGGGCGGCGUGGAGGACGAGGGCGAGGCGCAGGCCGGCUGGAUCGAGGGGGCAGCCAUCCUGUUCUCCGUGAUCAUCGUGGUGCUGGUGACCGCCUUCAACGACUGGAGCAAGGAGAAGCAAUUCCGGGGCCUCCAGAGCCGCAUCGAGCAGGAGCAGAAGUUCACGGUGAUCCGCAAGGGGCAGGUGAUCCAGAUCCCGGUGGCCGAGAUCGUGGUGGGAGACAUCGCGCAGAUCAAGUACGGUGAUCUCUUGCCAGCGGACGGGAUCCUGAUCCAGGGCAAUGACCUGAAAAUAGACGAGAGCUCACUGACUGGGGAGUCAGACCAAGUCAAGAAAUCCAUGGACAAAGACCCCAUGCUGCUCUCAGGUACCCACGUGAUGGAGGGCUCUGGCAGGAUGGUGGUGACUGCCGUGGGUAUCAACUCCCAGACAGGAAUCAUCUUCACUCUCUUGGGCGCGGGAGAAGGAGACGAGGAGAAGAAAGUGAAGAAAGGUAAAAAAAGCGGAGCCCCCGAAAACCGCAACAAAGCUAAAACUCAGGAUGGUGUGGCCUUAGAAAUUCAGCCCCUGAAGAGCCAGGAAGGGGUGGAAAAUGAGGAGAAGGAGAAGAAGAAGGUGAAGGUGCCCAAGAAGGAGAAGUCUGUGCUGCAAGGGAAGCUCACGCGCCUGGCGGUGCAGAUCGGGAAGGCAGGGCUGAUCAUGUCAGCCAUCACCGUCAUCAUCCUGGUGCUGUACUUCGUGAUCGACACGUUCGGGGUGCAGAAGCGGCCCUGGCUGGCCGAGUGCACCCCCAUCUACAUCCAGUACUUCGUCAAGUUCUUCAUCAUCGGGGUCACCGUGCUGGUGGUGGCCGUGCCCGAGGGGCUCCCGCUGGCCGUCACCAUCUCCCUGGCCUACUCCGUGAAGAAAAUGAUGAAGGACAACAACCUGGUGAGGCACUUGGACGCGUGCGAGACCAUGGGCAACGCCACGGCCAUCUGCUCGGACAAGACGGGCACGCUGACCAUGAACCGCAUGACCGUGGUGCAGGCCUACGUGGGGGACACCCACUACCGCCAGAUCCCCGACCCCGAAGCCAUCCUGCCCAAAAUCCUGGACCUCAUCGUCCACGGCGUCGCCAUCAACUCGGCCUACACGUCCAAGAUCCUGCCGCCCGAGAAGGAAGGGGGGCUGCCCCGGCAGGUGGGGAACAAGACGGAGUGUGCCCUGCUGGGCUUCGUGCUGGACCUGAAGCAGGAUUACCAGGCCGUGCGCAACGAGGUGCCCGAGGAGAAGCUCUACAAGGUCUACACCUUCAACUCCGUGCGCAAGUCCAUGAGCACGGUGCUGAAGAACAGCAACGGCGGCUUCCGCAUGUACAGCAAGGGCGCCUCCGAGAUCAUCCUCCGCAAGUGCACCAAGAUCCUGGACAAGAACGGCGACCCCCGGGUGUUCAAGGUGAAGGACCGGGACGAGAUGGUGAAGAAGGUGAUAGAGCCCAUGGCCUGCCACGGGCUGAGGACCAUCUGCCUGGCCUUCCGGGACUUCCCUGGGGACGCUGAGCCCGACUGGGACAGCGAGAACGAGAUCCUGUCUGACCUGACCUGCAUCGCCGUGGUGGGCAUCGAGGACCCUGUGCGGCCAGAGGUGCCAGAUGCCAUCCAGAAGUGCCAGCGUGCGGGGAUCACCGUCCGGAUGGUGACAGGGGACAACAUCAACACUGCCCGUGCCAUCGCCACCAAGUGUGGCAUCCUGCUGCCAGGGGAGGACUUCCUGUGCCUGGAGGGGAAGGAGUUCAACCGGCUCAUCCGCAACGAGAAGGGAGAGGUGGAACAGGAGCAGCUGGACAAGAUCUGGCCCAAGCUGCGGGUGCUUGCCCGCUCCUCCCCCACUGACAAGCACACUCUGGUGAAAGGAAUUAUCGACAGCACCGUUGGUGACCAGAGGCAGGUGGUGGCCGUGACCGGGGACGGGACCAACGAUGGCCCAGCCUUGAAGAAAGCAGAUGUUGGCUUUGCCAUGGGCAUCGCGGGCACGGACGUGGCCAAGGAGGCCUCGGACAUCAUCCUCACCGACGACAACUUCACCAGCAUCGUCAAGGCCGUCAUGUGGGGCCGCAACGUCUACGACAGCAUCUCCAAGUUCCUGCAGUUCCAGCUGACUGUGAACGUCGUGGCCGUCAUCGUGGCCUUCACGGGCGCCUGCAUCACCCAGGACUCCCCCUUGAAGGCUGUGCAGAUGCUGUGGGUGAACCUGAUCAUGGACACCUUUGCCUCCUUGGCCCUGGCCACAGAGCCCCCCUCUGAGUCCCUGCUGCUGCGCAAGCCCUACGGCCGCAACAAGCCGCUCAUCUCCCGCACCAUGAUGAAGAACAUCCUGGGCCAUGCCGUGUACCAGCUCACCAUCAUCUUCACACUGCUCUUCGCAGGGGAGAAGUUCUUUGACAUCGACAGUGGCCGGAACGCGCCGCUGCACUCGCCGCCCACCGAGCACUACACCAUCGUCUUCAACACCUUCGUCAUGAUGCAGCUCUUCAACGAGAUCAACGCCCGCAAGAUCCACGGCGAGAGGAACGUCUUCGAGUCCAUCUACCGCAACCCCAUCUUCUGCACCGUGGUGCUGGGCACCUUUGCAGCCCAGAUUGUCAUCGUGGAGUUUGGUGGGAAGCCUUUCAGCUGCUCUGGGCUCACCCUGAGCCAGUGGUUCUGGUGUAUUUUUAUUGGAGUUGGGGAGCUGCUGUGGGGCCAGCUGAUCUGCACUGUCCCAACCAGCCACCUGAAGUUCCUGAAGGAAGCUGGGCACGGCAUCACCAAGGAGGAGAUCCCAGAGGAGGAGCUGCCUGAAGACGUGGACGAGAUCGACCACGCUGAGAUGGAGCUGCGGCGUGGGCAGAUCCUGUGGUUCAGGGGUCUCAACAGGAUACAGACACAGAUGGACGUAGUUUACACAUUCCAGACCGGCGCCUCCUCUUUGCAGGGAGCCCUCAGGAGACAGCCUUCCAUCGUGAGCCAGCACCACGAUGUAAAAAAUGUUUCUAGCCCAACCCAUGUAGCUCUUUCCUCCGUCAAUUCCACUCCCACCACUUCUGCUGUUGCUGCUGCUGCUGCAUCUCCUCCUGCGGGCAAUCAAGGUGGUGAAUGCGUUCCGUAGCUCCCUGUACGAAGGCCUCGAGAAACCCGAAUCCAGAAGCUCCAUCCAUAACUUCAUGACUCACCCAGAGUUCAUCCUGGAGGAAGACGAGCCUCGAACACCAUUCCUUGACGGCGCUGAAGACGACCCCGAGACUGACGGGCUCCCGACGCGCGGCGGGGGGAGCCCGGGCGGGCCUCCAGCCCUGAACAGAAAUAACAAUGCAGUGGACAGCGAUCGAGCUGAGCUCUCCGUCCCGGAGCCCGAGAGCCCCUUCCACAGCCUGGAGACAUCGGUUUGACCUUAGAACUUGGAACCCCUCCCCUCCUCCUCCUCCUCCUCCUCCACCUCGGCCCCUCGCCCGGUGUGACGUCGGCACCAGUAACUGCUCCCACCUCGUGUCAAACUGCUCAUACGUAUAUCAUUGGGGUGGGGUUUUUUCGGGGGGGGUGGUUUAUUUGUUUUCCUUCGUUUCGUUUUGUUGGUUUUGGGUUUUUUUGGGUUGUUUUUUUUUUUUUUUUACCAUGAUUUAGCAGUGGGAACCAGAGUGCCACGAUGCUGGGCGUUGGGGAGAGAGGCUAAGCCAAAAAAAUUGUGCCAUCUCCAUCCCUCGUUUUCAGUGGUACUCGCCCGGGUGAAGCAGCCAGGUUCUUUCCUCUCCAAGAGUUGGGCUCCAGGCGUGUCUGUCUGUUGGGGGUUUUCACUUUGCAAAAUGCAUGAUCAAAGGAAAUUCAAGUUGGUGUAGUCUUACCUGCCCACCCUCAGCCCGAGGGCUGGGCUGCACUUGUGACUUUUAUUUUAUUUCUUUUUUUUUUUUCCACUUGUGGUUUUUUGGGGUUUUCUUCUAACGUUGGGGUUUGUUCUUUGCUCGUGGGAUUUGCCCCCAGGAACUCUGCAGUGGGAAGUGGGGGCAGUCAGCACUCCAGUGCAAAAACUAAGAAAUAAACAACAAAACCCAGCCAGGGGAAGGUGUUUACUCGCAGGUUGAGGGAUACAGGGAUGUGCACCAGUCUUCCACCUUGAAAAAUGGUACCUGACCUUUCCAGCUCCUCUUCUGAGUGUCCACACACACUUUUCUCUCUCUGUUUCCAAAUUGGUAGAUGAGGAACAAAGGUGACUUGGCUGUAACUUUGCUGGAUGGAAAAGAUUCUGAUUUUUCUACAAAGGUGGAGGUGAACUGGCAGUGAAAAGGUGGUGGGGAAAAAAAUGCCACUGUUGUGAGAAAUGUGGCUCCUUCCUGGGGAAUCUUAAGAGAGGCCUCUCUGCUGCUCUUGAUCAGGUGUGAAACUCUUGGUGAGAGCUUUGCCAGGGUUUUACGGCUCCUGCCUUCGAGAGCAGAGGGAUUUCUGCCCAUUCUGGCUUUUCUGUGCUGUUGGGUUAAAUAAUCCUUCAGCCUUGGAGUAGCAGCUCCAGUGAACUGCUGAGGAACCUCAGAGCUGUGCCCACCAAAAGCUUUACCAGGCUGAACAGAGAACAGGCAUCAGGGCACUGAGGGCACAGUGGGCCAACUCCCAGGUCAUGGAAGGGAUGAAUUAGGUUAUCUCGUUAUCCCAUGGAAGGGGGGGAGGCUCCAUGGCCAGUGGAGGACCCUUGGCUUCCUGGAGCUGCUUUGCCAGAGGAGGUGGCAGUUGCUUGGUUGGCUGCAGAUCUUCCAGAGAAGGUGCUGCUGGAGGCUCGGCCUCACUUGCUGCUUUUUUGGAGGUCAUCUCUUCACCCUGUGUCCUGCCUCACCUCCACCUCUUGGAACCUUUUAGGGAGAGUCCUGUUUUUUGGAGCAGAGGCCCCAGUUGGCUCCGAACUGCCCCUCUGGUGAUCCAUGGCCCUGAGCAGGAGGCAGGAUUUGCUUUGCUUGAGUCCCAGGGUUGUGGCCCCGGGCAGGCAGGGCCAGAGGAAGCUCUGCUGCCUUCCUUCCCUCCUUCAUCCCAGAGGAAGCUCUGCUGCCUUCCUUCUCUCCUCCAUCCCAGAGGAAGCUCUGCUGCCUUCCUUCUCUCCUUCAUCCCAGAGGAAGCUCUGCUGCCUUCCUUCUCUCCUCCAUCCCAGAGGAAGCUCUGCUGCCUUCCUUCUCUCCUCCAUCCCAGAGGAAGCUCUGCUGCCUUCCUUCUCUCCUCCAUCCCAGAGGAAGCUCUGCUGCCUUCCUUCCCUCCUUCAUCCUGUUUGGCCCGGUUGGAAGCAGAGAGAACCUGGUUGUAACUGGCUGUACAAUGUCGUCUUUGCCCAGCUCCACCCCCAGGAGCAGUGGGGUUUUAGGGGCAGGGUGGGCUGGGCUGGUUUCUUCUUUCCUUUCCUUUCAGAACGCACAGCAGAAUCUCCCGUGCCUUCUCCGAGCACUGCCUGCAGCACCUCCUGCCACGCCAGGGCCCAGUACUUUGCCAAGAAAUAAGUGUUCCUUAAACCACAACACAAACCAAGUGUCUUUGUUUUGUUUCCAGCCCAGCCCCGACCCCGUCCCUUCCUGGGGGUGGGAGGAGGGAAGGAUGAGCCGCCCCCUUCCUGCCCCAGGUGGCUGAGGAAAGGUCCUUCUCCCGCCCCUCGUGCCUGGGUGCUGGCCAGGGGUGAAGGCUGGGCUCUACACUGCCAACAGCCAGAAAAAUUGCCACCACUGCCCAUCCCAAAUUCAGUGUCAACCCCCUCCCUGCCCAUCGCUGCCCUCCCCUCCCCAAAACCCACCGUGGGCAGGACCUCUGGGGGGGGGGAGUGCAGGUGGUUCUUGGGUUAAACACGAGUUGGUGACAGGAAAGACUGAAGGGGGGGAGCGGGUGGUUGUGGGGUUUGGUUCUGUACUAAAAGGUGACAUUGCUUAAAAACAAAACAAAAAAAAAAACACAAAAAAAAAAAAUUCACUUUUUUCUAUUUUAAAUACUAGCAAAAAAAAAAACCAAAAAAAAAAAGGUGAAAAUAUGGUGUUCUUAUAAGCUUACAUAAAUAUUUAUUAAAUACUUUUUUUGGGGGGGGGAUGCACCGAUUUAUUUUGUUGUGUUUUUUUUUUCUUUUGAUAUUUUUUUAAUACCUCAGACCUGUUUAAAAAAUAAAAAAAAAAAAAAAAGACUUCAACCAACCAAAAGCCAAGUUUGGAGGCUCUCAAAGUCACUCCCAAAAAUCUGUGACUGGCAGGUUGCCACAAGGGUCUGGUCGUUCUUUAGUUGCUCUUAUUUUUGUCGUUCUAGUUUUCCACAUUUAGGAGGGGGAGAAAUAAUUAUAUAUAAAUAUUAUGCAAAAAAAAAAAUAAUCUAGUUUUCUUUAGAUCAGAAACUGAUAUUUUUACGUCAGCCAUAUGUAUUUUGUUUAAAGAGAAGUAAAUAAAUAAAUCUCGAGUCCCGGCGCGACUGUGUGACGGCAGGUCCAAGGGACAGGUAAUUAAUUCCGUGCAUUAAUUAAUUCAGCCAUCGGAUGCCAGUCAGCUUCCUUUUCUCUGAGCAGCCAUCUUUCUACUAGACGUUAGUUGGGUGACACAAAUGGGUUUUUUUUAUAUAUAUAUAUAUAUAAAUUAUGUUGGUAUGGCUGGUUGCUUCAAGUAUAAGCGUUUCUUGUGCGUACAAAUUUCCUGUAAAGUAUUUGGGGGGUUUUUUUGUUGGGUUUUUGUUUUGUUUGUUUUUUUUUUUUAGUUUCAGUGAUAUACUGGCAGCAGCUGACUCUUGGCUUAAGUUAUUGAGGACAUUACAAAAGAUUUGGGGGAGAUUGGUGCUCCAAAAGGCAUGGUCGGCGGCACGAACUUUUGGGGACUCUCUGCAACAUGCCUUGACUAGGGGGAGAUAUAUAUAAAUAUAUAUAUAUAUAUUAUUAUUAAUUUUUUUUUUGCUUUGUUUGAACUGCCACGAGCGCGCCCGGGGACAGUGCCCGACAGGAACCGAAGUCAUACCCUGUGAUCCGUGUUAACUUGCCUUGGAAUGCUUUGUUAUUAAAACACUCUGAACGUAAUUUUGCAUCCAGUUCUUGAUCCCAGGAGGGUCUCUGGUGGUGGAUUUAUUUUUUUUUUCUCUGUGGAAUAAAUUGGCGGAUUGGUACCAAAGACAUCCCACCACGCCCUUGGUGCGCGUUGCUGACCAGGCAGCUUCUGAGGCGUUUGCGUUCUGGGCUGAGGUUUCCUUUCUGGUUUGCACAGGGGAGUUUUUAACUUCGUUUUCAAAGGUUUCGUGCAAUAAGCUUCGAGGGAAAUUUCGGAAACAAUCUCCAGAAGGAAAAAAACUAAACCAAAUUUUAGCAUGGGCGGCCUUUGGCUUUUCCCCCCCCCCGCGAGGAGUCGAUGGCCCCGAGUGCUCAGCCCCAGCUGCUCGGGGGGGCACGAUGGGGGUGACUGGAAAAACCCCAUCCCAAAUCCAGGGAGGGCAUCUCCAAGGUGCCAUGGCCAAGUCCUGCUGCUCUCCACGGCUGCAGGGCCCACACCAAAGUCCCUGGAGGCUUUUGUGGGAGGGCACCUGUAGCUGCAUCGUGUCCUGCUCCGUCCCACUCUUACGAGUUCAUGGACGUGGAUCCCUAAAACACCCCCCCUGCACUCCCAGCUCUCCCCUUGGAGCACAGGGAUGUGGGGAUACCUCUCUCCUGGACCUGCCCCAAACAGAACCACCCCAACCAGGUGGGUUUUGGCCCCUGGUUCUUCCUCUCCAGCAUCUCCCCCUGCUGAGCUCUGCUCUCCUCCCACUCACCAAAGGCCCCAAUUUUCAUCCAGCAAAGCCCAUGGCUAAAACUGCCUUUAGUUUAUUUCCUCCCCUUCAAUAAAUAUAUAUAUAUACAGUAUGAAAUCAACAUUUAUGUGUGUGUAUAUAUAUUUAUCCCGCGCUCUCACAACAAAACUUUCCUUUGAAGAGGGCACGCAGAGCCGAGUUUUUCUUUUCCAGUAACUAAGUAUAAUAAGCACUGGUAUUUUUGUAUAAAAACGGGAGAAAAAAUAAAAUACAAAACAAAAGACUGAAUAUUAUGUGGUAUGCAUGACAUUAAACAACAACAACAAAAAAAAAUGGUGGUUUCAAAGCAAUAUGUACCCUGGUGUGUUUGCCAUAUCCUACAGUCCAGCUUAAAGUGCACCUGAUCUGUAUUGCAUUUUGAUAUUAAUCUCUAUGUACAAUGUUUUGCAUGUAAUUUAUAUGGUUCUUGGGAGAAAAAAAAAAAAAGAAUCUGAAUGAAUUGUCAGUUGGCUUCUUCUGAGCAAACAGACUCCAAGCAGAGCUAAUACUCCGAGUGGAAGCAGAAGAGUGGUUGAGGGGUGGGAAAAGGGGGUACAUAGUUCAAAACCAGGCGUGCUGGGGGUGGGGGACAAGGAGGAUGGUUUGGAAUCAAUAAAGCUUUGGCUGUUGCGCAGAAACAAUGCGCGAGUGCAUCCAGAGAAUAAACUGUGCCCACGUGUAA